AUGAGCCUGGAACGCCAAGAAACAACUCAAAAUGAUGAGUUGGAGGAUACAGGGGAGAGUGCACUGCCGAAGCUCCCCCAUUCAUCAACAUCUGGCUCUGGGCCAUUCAAGGAAACCCUUCCAGAGAAAACGCCAUCCUUCCUCGGAGAAGCUAAAGGCAAAAUUUCUGAACCAGUUGUUGCCGCGUUCAUAGGUGGAGGUGUAGCUGGAGCAGUCUCCAGGACAAUAGUGUCACCCCUCGAACGUCUCAAAAUACUCUUUCAAAUUCAAAGUGUGGGGAGAGAAGAGUACAAACUAUCAAUAUGGAAAGCUCUCGUGAAAAUGGGGCGAGAGGAGGGAUGGAGAGGAUUCAUGCGAGGAAACGGCACGAACUGUAUUCGCAUAAUUCCUUAUUCUGCAGUGCAAUUUGGGAGCUAUAACUUCUAUAAAAAUUUCGCAGAGCCUUCUCCAGGCACCGAUCUGUCACCAGUGCGUCGUCUCAUUUGCGGGGGAGCAGCUGGAAUAACGUCAGUCACCAUAACUUAUCCCCUUGAUAUUGUGCGGACGCGACUUUCUAUCCAGUCAGCCUCAUUCUCUGCGCUCAGAGAAAGGGAAGCUGGCGAGAAAUUGCCAGGCAUGUUCCAUACCAUGGUAUUAAUGUAUAAGAAUGAGGGUGGCAUUGUUGCUCUCUAUCGCGGAAUUGUCCCUACAGUCGUUGGCGUCGCCCCAUACGUGGGCCUCAAUUUUAUGACGUACGAAUCAGUCCGCAAAUACCUGACACCUGAAGGUGACAAAAACCCUAGUCCUUUGCGAAAAUUAUUGGCAGGUGCCAUUUCCGGGGCUGUGGCGCAAACAUGCACAUAUCCAUUCGAUGUUCUUCGGCGGCGUUUCCAAAUAAACACUAUGUCUGGAUUAGGCUAUCAGUAUGCAUCUAUUUGGGACGCCGUAAGAGUCAUUGUGACCGAGGAAGGGGCACGUGGUCUUUUUAAAGGCAUCGUGCCUAACCUUCUCAAAGUGGCUCCAAGCAUGGCGAGCAGUUGGCUUAGCUUCGAGCUAACCCGAGAUUUCCUCAUCGGUAUCGACUUGGACCGUCACCAUGUGCGCAGCACCCACCGCAAGGCGCCAAAGAGCGAGAAUGUCUACUUGCAGGUUUUGGUGAAACUUUACCGCUUCCUUGCCCGCCGCACGGAGUCAAACUUCAACAAGGUUGUGUUGCGCCGCCUUUUUAUGUCGAGAAUCAACCGCCCGCCCGUUUCCCUCUCGCGUAUCGCAGCGAAUGUCAGCGAGUCGCACAAAGGCAAGACUGUCGUCGUCAUUGGCUCAAUUACAGACGACAACCGCCUCCUCACCGUCCCAAAACUGUCUGUGGCCGCUCUCCGCUUCACCGCUACCGCUAGAGCCAGGAUCGAAAAGGCAGGUGGUGAGGCUCUGACUUUGGACCAGCUCGCUCUCCGAGCCCCUACUGGAGCCAACACCCUCCUUCUCCGUGGACCCAAGAACGCCAGAGAGGCCGUGAAGCACUUCGGCUUUGGCCCUCACAGCCACAAGAAACCUUAUGUCCGAAGCAAGGGUCGGAAGUUUGAGAGAGCUCGUGGUCGGAGAAGGUCUAAGGGUUUCAAGGUCUAA